GUAAGUAUUAGCGGACAGAUUGACGGUCUCCGCUUCCCCUCAUACAUCCUCGCUUUUUUCUUUUAAACACUCUACUCUUCUGCUCCGCGGCAUCGGUGGCUUGGACGGAGUGGGCUCAGAGAAGUGGCAGACUGGUUCUCUUGUAUAUAUUUGACUCUGACACUUCGACCAUACCAUACCGUCUUUGUUGCAGCACAGCACGCAACAUGUCCUCCAUCGCGGAUCUGCAAUCGCGCCUGAAGGAGCUCUCGGCAGCUCUGGCCCAACUCCAACCACUGGUCUCUCGAUUAAGUAACUUUACGACGGCGGUCGGUCAGGGCGACCAGGCUCGCUUGGAAUUGGGGACGGAAAUACACACUCGACUGAAAGAGGCAGAGGAGCAGUUGGAGCUGCUGAAGGUCGAGGUUGAGGCUCUGGAGACAGGUCAGGAUAGCAGGCGGAAGGGGAUCGAUAGUGAGAAGGAGUCGGAGAGGGAACGGGUUCUUGCGUUGGCAGGGAGGUUAACUGGGGAUCUGAAGAGAACGAGAGGCGAGUUUCGCAACGCACAACUCCAGGCGAAGCGCAAUGCCGAAAUAGCCCGGCGGAAGGAGAGAGACCUGCUGUUUUCGAGAUCGCAAAGCGCCGAGCGGAAGAAGCAGUCGACCGAAAAGCUCACGCAGGAUGAUAUCGUGAAGAACGCUUCGAACGAUGUCACGGCUGCGCUGAGACGGACGCAUCAGUUAAUGCAGGCGGAGCUUUCGCGGAGUCAGUUCGCGCAGGAGACACUAGAACAAUCGACCGCUGCCCUGUCAUCUCUGUCGGAGUCUUACACCGACCUGGAUUCUCUUCUUUCAUCGUCGCGCAACCUCAUCGGCUCUCUACUCCGCUCGCAAAAGUCAGAUACCUGGUAUCUUGAGACGGCGUUCUACAUAUUAAUCGGCACGAUCGUUUGGCUUGUUUUCCGCCGGAUAUUAUACGGUCCCAUGUGGUGGCUUGUGUGGCUGCCAUUGAAACUGUUUGGGAGGUUUACGUUUGCUAUCUUGGGGGUUGUGGGAAUCACGGGCAACGCUGUCCAGUCUUCUGCGUCUGCCACUGAGGUAGAACAUGUGGUGCAAGGAACACCAAUCAUCGAACAGAAGGUGGAACCCAGCGUUCAGACUGCUAGCGGUGAAGCGAUCUGGGACCAAGUUCCGGUGAUGGAUGAGGCGGAAGAGGAUCGCUUGAUCGAUCGGAUUGGUGAGAUGGUUGAGGAGGGGGGAACGGAAGAGAAGGCCGAGAAGGUGGGGACAAAUAUUGAUGAUAUUUCUCCGGAGGAAAGACAGAGACAGGCGGAGUUGCCUCGGAACCCCAAGAAGAGGAUUUUUUUCAACAAUAAAGCCCGGGCGGCUGCCGCAGCCUCGGGCGCUUCCAAGCAGAAGCCCACAGAUGGAAAAGAAGAGCAAGCAAAGCAACAACCGUGGGUUGAGAAAUACCGUCCCAAAACCCUCGACGAUGUCGCCGCCCAAGACCACACGACAAAAGUCCUCCGCCGAACAUUGCAAGCUUCCAACCUCCCCCACAUGCUCUUCUACGGACCUCCAGGAACCGGAAAAACAUCUACCAUCCUCGCGCUCGCUAAAUCCCUCUUCGGACCCUCCCUCUACCGCUCCCGUAUCCUCGAGUUGAACGCCUCCGACGAACGUGGUAUCGGCAUCGUACGUGACAAGAUCAAGAACUUCGCGCGGGCCCAGUUGAGCCAGUCGACGGGGAUGGAUGCGGAAUACCUCGCCGAAUACCCAUGUCCGCCGUUCAAGAUCAUCAUCCUUGAUGAGGCAGAUAGCAUGACGCAGGAUGCGCAAUCCGCUCUCCGUCGGACCAUGGAGCAGUAUAGUCGGAUUACCCGGUUCUGUCUCGUCUGCAACUACGUCACGCGCAUCAUUGAGCCGCUGGCCAGCCGAUGCAGCAAGUUCCGGUUCAAGGCGCUGGAUAACUCGGCGGCUGGGGACAGAUUGAAGCAGAUUGCCACGUUUGAGAAUCUGACUUUGGAGGAUGGCGUGGUGGAGAAGUUGAUCACUUGCAGUGAGGGUGAUCUGCGACGAGCGAUCACGUACAUGCAGAGUGCGGCGAAGUUGAUUGGGGCUGGUCGCACAACGGGCAAGAAGGAUGAGGAUGAGGACGAGGAGAUGGCGGACGAGAGCCCUGAAGUGGUUACCGUCCGGACUAUUGAGGAGAUCGCCGGUGUGGUUCCGGAUGGUGUGCUGGAUGCUCUGGUGCAGGCCAUGCAGCCGAAGAAGAUUGGCUCUUCGUAUGAGGCUGUUGCGAAGGUUGUUACGGAUAUCAUCGCGGACGGAUGGAGCGCGACACAGCUUCUUGUGCAGCUGUAUCGACGCGUGGUCUACAACGAUGCCAUCCCGGAUAUCCAGAAGAACAAGAUCGUCAUGGUGUUUUCGGAAUUAGACAGACGCCUAGUCGAUGGCGCGGACGAGCAUCUGUCCAUCUUGGAUGUGUCCCUCAAGAUUUCCGGCAUUCUGGGUGGAGGAGCUUAGACGGACUGUUAUCGAGAACCUAUCCCGGGCACUCUAUUCCACGCGGCAUACACUUCAAGCUGAGGCUCUUCCGACAGUAUGUGACAAGAUCUACGGGAAUCUGCGGGAAGGCGACCAUAUCCCGGUGUCCCUUCCGGGAUCUGGGUAACCUCACCGGAGGCCAUCCACGGACGUCCUCCAGCAUCCGGCGUCUUGCAGAUACAGCCGAGCGACCAGUCUCCGCGGGAAACCCGGAACGCUGCUCGCAUUCAAUUCUAUCACUUGGAGUGAAGCCUGAUUUACGACUGUAUGAGAUUUAAUGAAUGAGCAAAAGCAUCACCAG